UCCCAUCCCACUGUGUUUAUGUUUUGUGUUGAGGAAGAGUAUUCAAGAAGAAGAAGCUAUAAUUCCUACAUGUGUGUUUCGGUAGAGGACCUCGAUUGUAUUUAUGAGUUGAUCCGCAGUGCAAUAACUAAUCCAGCAUUCUUGCUCUGCCGCAGUUCAGUGAACAAAUCCGAGUCUAGCCACCAAUCUAACGGCCGUUUUGGGAAUACUUACCCGUUCGUCCCUGAACCAAACUUGCCCGCAGCUAUGUGCACGACAAACGAUGAUUACACUCAAACGAGACAUGGGAACGUGUUGGAGGACUCCGAAGAUAGUCACCAGCCACUGACUGUACACUCAGCACAGACAACCUUUACAGAAGGAAGAAAGUCGACUUCCACUGGACGUUUGCAUAGACCUUUGGAAAUUUGGAAGGAAAUAAAGCCACGCCCGUAUUCUAGAAACCAGUUCGCCGCUCCAGGCCGAACCCUGUCUUCUCCCGAUUUCUUCAUACCUCGGUCUCGCUUAAUGGAGGGUGCUUCACCAACAGCGCAGAACUCUCUGAUUUUGUCACCUCCAAUUAGCGAAAAAGAAUGUAACCACCCCAUUAGCUACCUUCGUUCAGUAUCCGCCAAACCGGCCAAAGAAGAGAUUAUCAAAAACGUCACCUUCAUCGAUAACAGCUCACGAAAUGGUCCUAAGGUAGCUGACAGAGGCUCGGUUUACCUGUACGUUGCACGUUCAAAACACCUGGAUUCCUUUUCUGAUAGAGAACGGGAAAGAGAAAGAGAUUCAGAAGACGAUUUUAUGUAAUUAAC